GCCAUUAGCCGCCUGGCCCGCAGCCAAUUCAGCCACCCUUCCACCCGUUACGCCUCAACCACAACCGUCACUGCAGUCCCCAGUGCAGUCUCCAGCAGUUCAGCCUUCCCCAGUGCAGUCUCCAGCAGUUCAGCCUUCCCCAGUGCAGUCUCCAGCAGUUCAGCCUUCCCCAGUGCAGUCUCCAGCAGUUCAGCCUUCCCCAGUGCAGUCUCCAGCAGUUCAGCCUUCCCCAGUGCAGUCUCCAGCAGUUCAGCCUUCCCCAGUGCAGUCUCCAGUGUCCCCAGUGCAGUCUCCCACUCAACCACCAGCUCCACUUUCUCCCCAACCGUCACUACUACCUCUAGCUCAGUCUCCUGUACAGUCGCCUCUAGUUCGGGUUCCUGUGCAGUCACCCCUAGUUCAUUCCCCUGUGAAGCCAUCAACUCCACCACCCACUCCUCUCUCACCACCACCGUUACUCCAGACAUCAGUUCAGCCCCUUGUGCCAGUGCAGAUGCCCUCAGUUCAGUCUCCCGUGCAGUCAUCUACUUCACCACCUCCAGUAGCUCAGCUCCCCGUGUCUCCAGUAGCUCAGCUCCCCGUGUCUCCAGUAGCUCAGCUCGCACCUGACCCAUUGGCCCAGUUCUCCGUAGCAGUUCGGUUUUCUGGCCAGCGUAACAUUAAGCCAGGGGUCCCAAUUCCCUCUGGCUCUACAUCUGCUCCUGCUGGAAGCUCUGAUGAGCCCAUCCAGCACUCCGCGGCUCCCAUGCCGCCACCU